GGAAGCGCGGUGGGUUCCGCGGGGCUUUUCGUGCCUUGCUCGGGCUCCCGGUCGGCGCGGCGCCUCCCGGCCCCGUGCGGCAGCCGGACGCCCCUCAGCGGGCACGGCUGGGAUGGCGAGUCCCAGCCCGGGGGUCUCGUGUGGGGACGGCCUCGGCGAUCUCAGUGAGGAGGUAGCUGCUGUGGAAUUGGGAAACGCGGGUGGAGCUGAAAUUCCGGUGACCCUAAGGAGAAGCCCUGAGGGUGGCCCCCCAGAAGCCUGUCCCGCAGAAGCCGCCGCCGCCACUGGCUUCGGGGGUCCCACGGUGACAGCGGGCCAGAGGCCCGUCCCCUGUGGAUGGGAACGAGUUGUGAAGCAAAGGUUGGCUGGGAAAACAGCAGGAAGAUUUGAUGUGUACUUUAUCGGCCCACAAGGACAGAAGUUCCGAUCCAGAAGGUCACUUGCUAAUUAUCUUCAUAAAAAUGGAGACACUUCUCUUAAACCAGAAGAUUUUGAUUUUACUGUACUGUCUGAAAGAAUCAUCAAGUCAGAACAUAAAGACUGCAGCCUGGCAGCUCUGUCUUCCCAACUGCAAAAGGAAAGUGACGUUUCAAAUCUGAACCUCAGGACACGAAGCAGGAGGAAAAGAAAUGGUGGAGGUCUGUCAACCUGUAAUCCCACCCAUUUACUUUUGAAAGAAGAUGAAGUUGUUCAUGAUGUUAAGCUCAGGAAGGUAAGGAAGUCCAAAAGAAAGGUGACUGUUUUGAAAGAAAUUCCAGAUAAGAAAACCAAAAAAGGGUGCAGGAAGCAUCUUCCAGAUUCUGUUCAAAGUAAGAGAAAAAAAGGAUCUGUAUCUGAUCAAACAGGUGCCAGAAAUGAGCCUGUUGCACAAGAAAGCCAGCCUGACAGAACGUCCUGCCUUCCUGACACCAGAGCAAGCGACCAGCCCCUCCGUGUGACCGGGGAAGAAAGGAGCCUUGUCAAAGAGACCUCUCUGAGUUCAGGAUCAGACUUUCAUGUUGAACAAAUCACUUCUGGCAUCCCAAACAAAUCAUGUCCGACCACAGAAGCAGCCGAUGGGACGGGGGAGGAGAUCAGAACAGAAGCAGCCGAUGGGGACAGGAAGCAGCAUUUGCAUACUGACGUUUUAAAAUGUGGCUCUGAAAUGCUCAACUGCUCACAGGCCAAGAACAGCCCGAUUUCCGAGAAAAUGCUCCCAGACAAUGCCAUCCCACAAGCACAAAUAGAAAAAAGGAAAACAAGCCUGUAUUUUUCCAACAAGUAUAACAAAGAAGCUCCUAGCCCCCCACGACGCAAAGCCUUUAAGAAAUGGACUCCUCCUCGGUCACCUUUUAAUCUUGUUCAAGAAACGCUUUUCCACGACCCAUGGAAGCUCCUCAUUGCAACUAUAUUUCUCAACCGCACCUCGGGCAAAAUGGCAAUCCCUGUGCUCUGGAAGUUUCUAGAGAAGUACCCCUCAGCCGAUGUCGCAAGAGCUGCAGACUGGAGAGACCUGUCAGAACUCCUUCGGCCUCUCGGUCUCUAUGAUCUCCGUGCGAAAACCAUUAUCAAGUUCUCAGAUGAGUACCUAACAAAGCAGUGGAAGUAUCCCAUUGAGCUCCACGGCAUUGGGAAGUACGGCAAUGACUCUUACCGGAUCUUCUGCGUCAAUGAGUGGAAGCAGGUGCACCCUGAAGACCACAAAUUAAAUAAAUAUCAUGACUGGCUUUGGGAAAAUCAUGGAAAAUUAAGUCUGUCUUAAACCCUUGGAAGUUGGGGUUUUUUUUAACUUGUACUUUCUGCACGGCGUUGUGGUUGUUUUUAAGUGCUCCAGGCAACCCAGUGAGCCCUUUUUCCAGACAUACAGAUUCUAAAGCCCAGUGUGUGUUUUCAUAAAUGUAGGUGCCACUGCUAGAUCUUUAUUGCUGAAGGUUCUAGAACAUACUUUGAGAUUUAAAGAAAUUUUUCUCUUGGCAAUACUAGAGUUUGCACUCAGGACCUUGCACUUGCUAGGCUGGCACUUAUCAUUUGAGCCGUGUCUUCAGUUGGGCUUUUUGCUGGCUAUGUUGGAGA